GGUUGAAAGAUCCUCAGAUGCCAUCUUGUGGUAAAACAAGUAAUCUACUCACCUCCAGAGAAGGAACCUGACUCCAUUAGACUGUCUAUCUGCACUGGAGGCGGACUAAAGUUUGGAGUAUCUUUCCUUAAACAGGUAAUGGUUUAAGAUCAUGGCUGAACAAAGGCAACGUGCGCUUUCCACAUCCGGAGAGGCUCUGUACCAGGUACUUGGUCUUGACAAGAACUGUACCCAUGAUGACAUCAAGAGAUCCUACAGGAAGCUUGCUUUGAAAUAUCAUCCUGACAAGAAUCCAGAGAACCCUGAUGCCACCGACAAAUUCAAAGAGCUCAACAAUGCACAUACGGUUCUGUCUGACAGUACCAAAAGAAACAUUUAUGACAAGUACGGCUCAUUGGGUCUGUAUGUGUCGCAGCAGUUUGGGGAAGAGAACGUGAACACGUAUUUCAUGCUCUCCAGCUGGUGGGCAAAGGGCCUGUUUGCCAUCUGUGGCUUGCUGACAGGUUGCUAUUUCUGUUGUUGUCUAUGCUGCUGUUUCAACUGCUGUUGUGGAAAGUGCAAACCGCACACACCUGGAGAAGACGACCAGGAAUUGUACGUGUCUCCAGAAGACCUUGAGGAGCAGAUUCGUACGGACAACGAGAAAGAUGGCGACACUCCGAUUGUGCUUCAGCCAACCAAUGCUAGUGAGAAGACCCAGCUGAUUGGUGAUGGACACAGAACGUACACCUAAAAGCAACAUAAGCGUGAUGGAUGUUAAUUAUAUUGAAGAUUAUAUUUGGAUAUAUUUAAAAUAUGUCAGGAUUAUAAAAAUACUCAACCUCUUAAACUAUUGUUUGGCCAUGGUGUUUGUAAAUAACAGAUAUUCUAUUAUUAUGCUUUAUGUGCAUUUAAGGUGCAUGUAAUAGCGCACAUGAAUGAAGUUUUUCCUUGUAUUAAUAAAAUAUAUAUACUACA